AUGUCCGACUCGAAAGUAUUACACCUCAUCAUCCGCCGCAUUGCGGACUGGUCUCUCUGGUCGUUUUUCACAGAAGUUCGUGUAAUUGGAGGCGAGCACGUUCCGCUGGAUGGACCGAUCAUUGUCACCGCCACUCACCAUAACAUGAUGAUCGAUCCUGCUAUCCUUUCGUCCAGCUUCCCACAUCGUCGUGUUCUACACUACUGGACAUCACUCUUUGCGAACCCAGUCCUUUCUUGGGUACUUCACUCGUCUGGUAAUAUUCCUGUAGACCGGAAGUCGAAGAACCGCCAAGAUCUAUUCCGGGGAACUAUCGAAGCUCUCGCACGGGGUGAUGCGGUUGCGCUUUUCCCGGAGGGCACGUCAUACACAGAGCCGAGGAUCAUGCAAGUAAAAGAUGGCGCUGCCUGGGCUGCCCUAGAAUAUACUAAGUGGGCCGCGGAAAACGGGGUGAAGGGGCCCGGGGUCCGGAUCAUCCCCGCCGCCAUCGUGUAUACGAAUAAGUCGAAGUAUCGAAGCAGUGUCAUUGUGAAGUUUGGUGAACCAGUUUCGAUGGAUGAGUAUAAGGAACAAUUCUUUUCGGAUUUAGAAGGGGCGCCACGGGCAGCGGCCAAGCGCCUCACAGGUGCAAUCGAGAGGGAGCUGGUCGAGGCAACCAUCAAUGCUCCUGACUGGGAUACCCUUUACAGUGCUCGGAUGGCCAGGGAUCUUCUCUGGGAAGAUGAGCGCUCGAUCGACCUCGAAGAAUUCGUCACGAUUUCACAGACUCUUGUUGAUCUAUUUUCCACAACGGACGCUACUGCGAACUUCUCGACCGUUCGACGUCACCUUUUGGGGUAUUACUCACUUCUUCAGUCUACCAAUCUUACGAACUCCGUCUUGUCCUCACUUCCACUUCCGCCAAUGCUAUCUCCCUCUCACCCAACUCCCCUGCCGUCACGUUUGCUGACCCUCUCUGUCCUUAUUCGCGACACGCUUGUUGCCCUGACUCGCCUUCCCUUCUUCCUCAUCCCGCUUUUACUUCACACACCGGUAUAUGUCAUGGGCCGAAUUGGCGCUCGUUUAGUGGAGCAUGAAGAGGAGACCCAGGCGCAGAACAAAGCCGUUUUUGGCUUGUUAUCGUGCAUGAUGAUUUACCCUGCCACGUUCUGGGCGCUCUGGGCGAUGCUCUGGUACACAGGUUUUGGUGCUCUUGUGGCAGCAUUCACAGUCUGGGCGUUUGCAUAUUAUCACAAUAGAUUGAUCAAUGGCACUCUCAAGCGUGUGAUUGCAGCAUGGCGCGUUCUCGUCGGCGUAUGGGCUCCCAGGCGAUGGGAGCUUUCUCUGUCUGCACUGUCCCAAUAUACAACCCCUCUAGUACCUCCUGAGAACCCUUGGAUCGACAAGAAUCGGCCAAAUUCCUCUACUCCAGGCACAUCGUCGGGGACGCUACACUCCUUACCACCACAGAUCACCGAUGAGCCGCCUGUCAGGAUUGCGUCCCGUCGCAGGCCUUCAUCAAGAAGAAUUAUGAGGCAUUUACUGCGGGCACGUGGAGAGGCUGUGAAGGCUCUUGCUGAGUUCCUGACGACCUUGGAAGCAAGCGGAGAGGAGAAGAGCGUGAUCGCGAGCAUCCACUUGGCAAAGAGGUUUGGCUGGGUUGAAGAAAAUUCACCCACCUCCUUGGCAGAUGAUGGGGGAGAUAGCGAUCCAGUAACUGACGCCAGGGGAUACAGGCGAGCACGCGAGGUGAUCGCAUUUCUUCGCUCUCGUGGUGCGAAGAUCGCAACGUUGGAUAGGAAGAUCGAGGGAGACUGGGCACUCAGUAGUGAUGAAGAUGGUACAGCAGGUGAAAGUGAGAAAGAUGAGGAAGACCUGGUAUGGGUGCCGAGUAGCACGAGUCUCAAGCAGGAGGACGACUAG